UCCUUUCCUCAGCAUUCUCGUUCUUCAGAUCGUCGAGAUACCGUGUGUGCGUUCGGGUAGUUCUCGGAGGAUUGCGACUGUAGGGAUUGUGUCUUCGCGAAGAGUGAUUUACAGCGAGCGCAGUCCGCUAUGGCCGGCAAGGGCGAGGGUCCUGCCAUCGGUAUUGAUUUAGGUACCACGUACAGUUGCGUGGGAGUAUGGCAGCAUGACCGCGUUGAGAUCAUCGCUAACGAUCAGGGGAACAGGACCACCCCCAGUUAUGUCGCAUUCACCGACACGGAGCGACUCAUUGGGGACGCCGCUAAGAAUCAGGUGGCAAUGAACCCCACCAACACCGUGUUUGAUGCUAAAAGGCUGAUUGGAAGGCGUUUUAGCGAUGCAUCUGUUCAAAGUGACAUGAAGUUAUGGCCAUUCAAGAUUACUCCUGGACCGGGAGAGAAGCCCAUGAUCAGUGUACAGUACAAGGGAGAAGAAAAAACUUUCGCUGCUGAGGAGGUUUCUUCUAUGGUGCUCAUCAAGAUGAAAGAGAUCGCCGAGGCUUACCUAGGAUCCACUGUGAAAAAUGCCGUGGUGACUGUGCCUGCUUACUUCAAUGACUCGCAGAGACAAGCAACUAAGGAUGCCGGAGUCAUUGCCGGUUUGAACGUUCUUCGUAUCAUCAAUGAGCCUACCGCUGCUGCAAUUGCUUACGGAUUGGAUAAGAAGGCAACUUCUGUAGGAGAGAAGAAUGUAUUAAUCUUCGAUCUAGGAGGCGGUACUUUCGAUGUGUCUAUACUGACCAUCGAGGAAGGUAUCUUCGAGGUUAAGGCCACUGCCGGAGAUACCCACUUGGGCGGGGAGGACUUUGACAACAGGAUGGUGAACCACUUCGUUCAGGAGUUCAAGCGUAAGUACAAGAAGGAUAUCAGCAGCAACCCCCGUGCCCUGAGGAGGCUGAGGACCGCCGCCGAGAGGGCAAAGAGGACACUGUCAUCGACUGCUCAAACCACCAUCGAGAUCGAUUCUCUGUACGAGGGUGUAGACUUCUACUCCACCAUCACCCGUGCUCGAUUUGAGGAAUUGAACAUGGACAUGUUCAGGAAGUGCAUGGAGCCAGUGGAGAAGUCCUUGAGAGACGCUAAGAUGGACAAGUCCUCCAUCCAUGAUGUCGUGUUGGUAGGGGGAUCCACCCGUAUUCCUAAGGUGCAGCAGCUGCUUCAGGACUUCUUCAACGGCAAGGAGUUGUGCAAAUCCAUCAAUCCCGACGAAGCCGUGGCUUACGGUGCCGCUGUCCAGGCAGCUAUAUUAUCUGGAGAGGGUAACGAGAAGGUCCAGGACUUGCUAUUGCUGGAUGUCACUCCAUUGUCCCUAGGACUUGAGACGGCCGGGGGUGUGAUGACAGUAUUGAUCGCGAGGAACACGACAAUUCCCACCAAGAAGGAGCAGGUAUUUUCAACCUACUCAGACAACCAGCCCGGAGUGCUGAUUCAGGUUUAUGAGGGUGAGAGGGCUAGGACGAGGGACAACAAUCUGCUCGGUAAGUUCGAGCUUUCCGGGAUUCCCCCUGCCCCCCGUGGUGUGCCACAGAUUACCGUGUGCUUCGAUAUAGAUGCAAACGGUAUCUUAAACGUGUCUGCCGAGGACAAGACGACGGGACAAAAGAACAAGAUCACCAUCACCAACGACAAGGGUCGUCUAUCAAAGGACGAAAUUGAGAAGAUGGUUCAGGAGGCUGAAAAGUACAAGUCUGAAGAUGAAGACCACAAGAAGAAGAUUGAGGCAAAGAAUGGGCUCGAGAACUACGCCUACAACAUGAGGAAUACUAUCAAGGAUGAGAAGAUUGCAUCCAACUUGGACGCAGCUGAUAAGAAGAAGAUUGAGGACGCAGUUGAGGCUGCUAUCCAGUGGUUGGACCAAAACCAACUUGCGGAGAGCGAUGAGUUCGAAGACAAGAUGAAGGAAUUGGAGGGUGUGUGCAACCCCAUCAUUGCCCGCAUGUACCAGGGUGGCGCUGGAGGUGGUGAGGGUGCCGCCCCAUCAUAUGGAGGAACCGACUCUCCACCAUCUGGCGCGGGACCCAAGAUCGAGGAGGUGGACUAAAAUUUCUAGUUCACCAUUCUGUAUCAGCUGGUAGGCAUAGAUGAGAAAAGUGCUGUCUACAAUCUGUACCUUUGCAUCAAAGUCGACCCUGUCUCCAGUUGUUGCGGUUCGUCUAGAUGCGUAUAUAAGAUUCAUUCUUCUUUGGUAUA